CAAUCAAAACAAUUCACAGCUACCUUCAGAGUUCAAUCUUCAAUUUCUACCUCCACUACUUGUUCGUUUUAUUUCAACUUCUCAUCUGGUUUUCCCAUGGAGGAAAUCGAUGUUCCCCCAUUUUUUCUCUGUCCCAUCUCUCUUGAGAUCAUGAAGGAUCCUGUGACGGUCACCACGGGGAUCACCUAUGACAGGGAGAGCAUUGAGAAGUGGUUGUUUUCCGGCAAGAACACCACUUGUCCGGUUACAAAACAGGUCAUUUCGGAUACCGAGCUUACUCCAAACCAUACUCUCCGUCGGCUGAUCCAAUCAUGGUGCACCCUUAAUGCCUCGUAUGGAAUCGAAAGAAUUCCUACCCCAAAGCCACCGAUUAACAAAGCCCAGAUCGCUAAGAUCCUCAGCAACGCCAAGUCUCCACAGCAGCAGAUAAAUUGUCUUCAUAGGCUACAAUCAUUAGCAGCAGAGAAUGCUACCAACAAACGGUGCAUGGAAGCUGCUGGCGCGGUUGACUUCUUAGCAACAAUUGUAUUCAGUUUCAAUUCCAUGGAUGAAGAAGAAUCAUCUGAAGAUUGGGUUGAUUCCAGCAAGGUGACAGAGGAAGCCUUAAGCAUUCUUUACAAUCUACAAGUUUCAGAAGCUGGCCUCAAGAAUCUUCUUGGAAAAAAUGGUGAUUUCCUCGAGUGCUUAACCCGAGUCAUGGAACGAGGGACAUAUGAGUCCAGAGCUUACGCAGCUCUGUUAUUAAAAUCACUAAUGGAAGUAGCAGAUCCGAUGCAACUCAUGAGUUUGAGAUCUCAGAUUUUCGUCGAAGCUAUCCAAAUCUUGCAUGAUAAUAUAUCCCAACAGGCCUCGAAAGCCAUACUUCAUUUCCUGAUAAACGUCUGUCCAUGGGGGAGAAACAUGAUCAAAGCAGUGGAAGCAGGCGCAGUAUCUAUCUUGAUUGAUCUCCUUCUCGAUUCGUUCGAGAAGAGGAUGUGUGAGAUGAUUCUAACGGUGCUGGAGAUGUUGUCUAGUGUUGCGGAAGGGAGAGCCGAGCUAGUAGGGCACGCGGCGGGACUCGCGGUUGUUUCUAAGAAAAUACUUAGGGUUUCUCAUGUGGCAAGUGAGAGGGCGGUGAGGAUUUUGCUGGCGGUGGCAAAGUUCUCCGCCACACCCAUUGUUCUUCAGGAGAUGCUCCAGAUAGGUGUUGUGGCGAAGCUGUGCUUGGUUCUUCAAAUGGAUUGCAACAGCAGGGCCAAGGAAAUCGCUAGAGAGAUACUGAAAUUGCAUGCUGGACCAUGGAAAAAUUCUCCAUGUAUGCCUAUGAAUCUGCUUUCUUCGUUUCCAGCUUGAAUGAGUGAGGGAAGAUAAGGAUGAAGUAGAUCGCAGGAAGAAAUUAAUUGUUAAUGCAACGUCUUAAUCAGUCUACUUUUUUUUUUCUUUGAUAAACUUAGUCUACCUUUUUUGUUUCGUGUACAUAAUUGGUUAAAGGAGUAAUCCACAAUACAAUUAAGGAAUUUGUUUUUU